AUGACGAAACUUUGUUUUUUGCCAUCAUCGAAACGAAGAUUAAAAACUUGGCUUCGUUUUAAGUAUCAAAUCAAAAACAAUGGGCCCCUAUCAAAAUUCUUGAGCGAAGACGACACAUCUGAUAAACCGGUUCAACUAGCGAAUGUGAAUGCCGAAGUUUUGAAAAAAAUCAUAGAAUGGGCGGAACACCACCAAGACGACGAGAUUGAAGACGAAGACGGCCAACCAAAAGCUAAACGAGUUGUUUAUCUUCAAGAGUGGGAUAUAAAAUACUUUAAGAUUGAUCAACAGAUGAUUUUUGAAAUAAUUAUGGCAUCGAACUACUUAGGCAUGAUAAAAUUACUUGAUAUGGCUUGUAAAACUAUAGCCGAUAUGAUUAAAGAUAAAACACCCGAAGAAGUUCGACAAACGUUCAACAUUCCGAAUGAUUUAGAAGAUCCACAAUCGGCGUGA